CAGAAACCAAAACAGAAGAGGUUCGGGCCAAGUCUCAGGCUGAGUAGUAGCAGGCUGGGAGGGGAUUCAGACUUAGGGGACAGGGGAGGUAGGCUGCGGGGGGAAUGGAGGUGCCCGGGCAGGCCCUGGCCACUUGAGCUUUCCUGGGAGCUGCACUCAGCCCCUUCCAUCCUUUACCUGUUCCAGGACCUGCCUGAAGCCCCAUCUUCCCUGGCCUUCACUCAGGAGAGAACCCCUAGACACCGGGAGGAGAAUCAGGACCCAAGAAACCCACUAAACUGCCAGUAGGACCGGGUGUGGAGCCAGGCCUCCAUGACGUGGACCUGUGUUUCUGUGGGCUGAUGAGAGGCUGCAUCAGAUCUGGGAGCCAAGAGGGAGAGGAGAGGACAGGCGGACAAAGGAAGUGUCGACGCCGGACACACAGGCAGAUUCAGGGCUGUGACAUGAAGCUGCUGCCCAGCUGGAGAGUGAUGCUGCCCCUGGACCCUUCGGGCAGGGCCUGGCCAUGGGCACAGCGACUCAGAAGAACAGCUCAAACCUGUGCCCCAGAGAUGAGGGCCCAGGAGGACCCCGAGGGCCGGACACAGCAUGAAUCCACCAGAGACCCCCCGAUGCCCCUGCCCACAGAGCCCAAGUUUGACAUGUUGUAUAAGAUUGAGGACGUGCCGCCUUGGUACCUGUGCAUCCUGCUGGGCUUCCAGCACUACCUGACAUGCUUCAGUGGAACCAUCGCCGUGCCCUUCCUGCUGGCCGAGGCGCUGUGUGUGGGCCAUGACCAACACAUGGUCAGUCAGCUCAUCGGCACCAUCUUCACGUGCGUGGGCAUCACCACUCUCAUCCAGACCACCCUGGGCAUCCGGCUGCCUCUGUUCCAGGCCAGUGCCUUUGCAUUUCUGGUUCCAGCCAAAGCCAUAUUGGCUCUGGAGAGAUGGAAAUGCCCUCCGGAAGACACCAGGGUGCAGCCAUGGCAGCAUCUCUCGGUCUGUCUCUGUACCUGGUUCACGUGUGUGUCCCUGACUCAACCCCCAGAGGAGAUCUACGGUAACUGGAGUCUGCCCCUGAAUACCUCUCAUAUCUGGCACCCACGGAUACGGGAGGUCCAGGGUGCAAUCAUGGUGUCCAGCGUGGUGGAGGUGGUGAUUGGCCUGCUGGGGCUGCCUGGGGCCCUGCUCAACUACAUUGGGCCUCUCACGGUCACCCCCACUGUCUCCCUCAUUGGCCUCUCUGUCUUCCAAGCUGCUGGCGACCGAGCUGGCUCCCACUGGGGCAUCUCAGCUUGCUCCAUUCUCCUGAUCAUCCUCUUCUCCCAGUACCUGCGCAACCUCACCUUCCUGCUGCCUGUCUACCGCUGGGGCAAGGGCCUCACUGUCCUCCGCAUCCAGAUCUUCAAAAUGUUUCCUAUCAUGCUGGCCAUCAUGACCGUAUGGCUGCUCUGCUAUGUCCUGACCUUGACGGACGUGCUGCCCACAGACCCAAAAGCCUAUGGCUUCCAGGCACGAACUGAUGCCCGUGGUGAUGUCAUGGCUAUUGCACCCUGGAUCCGAAUCCCCUAUCCCUGUCAGUGGGGCCUGCCCACAGUAACUGCGGCUGCCGUCCUGGGAAUGUUCAGCGCGACUCUAGCAGGCAUCAUUGAGUCCAUCGGAGAUUACUACGCCUGUGCGCGCCUGGCUGGUGCCCCACCCCCUCCAGUACAUGCUAUCAACAGAGGCAUCUUCACCGAAGGCAUUUGCUGCAUCAUCGCGGGACUAUUGGGCACGGGCAACGGGUCCACCUCCUCCAGUCCCAACAUUGGCGUUCUGGGGAUUACCAAGGUGGGCAGCCGGCGCGUGGUGCAGUACGGUGCAGUUAUCAUGCUGGUCCUGGGCACUAUCGGCAAGUUCACGGCCCUCUUCGCCUCGCUCCCUGACCCCAUCCUGGGGGGCAUGUUCUGCACUCUCUUUGGCAUGAUUACAGCUGUGGGGCUGUCCAACCUGCAGUUCGUGGACAUGAACUCCUCUCGCAACCUCUUCGUGCUCGGAUUUUCCAUGUUCUUCGGGCUCACGCUGCCCAAUUACCUGGAGUCGAACCCUGGCGCCAUCAAUACAGGCAUUCUUGAAGUGGAUCAGAUUCUGACGGUGCUGCUGACCACGGAGAUGUUUGUGGGCGGGUGCCUUGCUUUCAUACUUGACAACACAGUGCCAGGGAGCCCAGAGGAGCGUGGUCUGAUACAGUGGAAAGCUGGGGCUCAUGCCAACAGUGACACGUCUUCCAGCCUCAAGAGCUAUGACUUCCCCAUUGGGAUGGGCAUAGUAAAGAGAACUGCUUUUCUGAAAUACAUUCCUAUCUGCCCAGUCUUCAAAGGAUUUUCUUCAAGUUCAAAAGAUCAGUUUCCAAUUCCAGAAGACACUCCAGAAAAUACAGAAACUGCAUCUGUGUGCACCAAGGUCUAAAAAAUGACUUCCAGGAAAGGAAGCAUGGCAAAUAACAGGAAAAGACAACUGCAUGGGAAACAAGAAGACCUAAGUCCAAUAUCCCACCUCUACCCCUAACUUCUAUGUAAAUUCAGAUAAGUCACUUUUCUCUGGGAUUCCAUUUUUUUGCAUCAGUUAAAAAAAAGGGGGCGGGGGGGCAAAGUCUGAGUCUUAGAGACUUGUACCAAUGUUAUGCUAUGUCGCUAAAUCUUUACUAUCCUAAGUAGACUUGUCAGCAUCCAGGAAGAACAGCUAGAAAUUUUCCUCUGCGAUAUUUUAGAUUGCAAGUUGAUAAAAAUAAAAAGAAAUGAGGGCAGGUUCCAGGGCCUGAAAUGUAGGUACGCUGGCAGGCUUUUACACUGAAUUUGACCUUACAUCACUUCAAGACUAUUGCAUAAUAUUUUUCCAACACCAUGUUGGAAAAAUAA